GUCCGGUACUUCUGCACGGCGGGCCGCGGGCUGGAGCCCUUCCUCCUGCGCGAGCUGCGAGCCCGCCUGCACGCCGAGCAGGUAGACUAUAUUUCCGGAAAAGUUUUCUUUACAACUAAUUCCGACUUGACGGUCCUGAGGGAACUGAAAUCUGGAGAACGGCUAUUUUUGCUCUUGAAAAAACAACCUCCCCUCAGUGUUUCUGGAAGUAAAGGAAAAAUAUGUAACGCGAUGCAGAGGCUUGUAACGGAGGAUCCCAGAUGUUGGUUAGAUGCUGUCUCCGUGUGGAAAAAUCUCCUUGGAUUUGAUGCAAGUGAAGAAAAACUCCCUCAGGGUUUCAAACGAAAGGCUGGCGGGAGUACAAGCGUCAUUACUAAGAAAUUAAAGAUGGAACAAACGGUAGGGAUGCCAGACCUCAGCGAAUGCCAGCCGGAAGAGCCAAAAGAAGGAAUGGAACAAGAGCAUCAAAACCCACUCACCGAGGAAGAAGACUUUCCCUCCGAAAGGUCGGAAAAUGAGAGCGCGAAAGGAGCGGGGAACGAUAAUGACUCCCCCUUCACCUUCCGAGUGUCUUGUCGCUGCAGUGGAGCAAUAGCGAGGGCAUUCACCUCACAGGAGGUGGGAAGAGUAAUCGGAAUGACUCUUAUAAAACAAUUUGCCUGGAAAGCAGAUUUAAGGAACCCUGAUUUAGAGAUCUUUAUACAUCUUAAUGACAUGUACUCUGUGGUGGGCAUUCCCGUUUUCAGGCUUCCUCUGGCGAGCAGGACAUACAUCAAGACAGCAGGAUUACGAUCUACUAUAGCUUGGGCCAUGGCAUCUCUGGCCGAAAUAAACGCUGGCUCUCUUGUCUUAGAUCCAAUGUGUGGACUCGGAACCAUCCUUUUGGAAGCCGCAAAAGAAUGGCCAGAUGCAAAUUAUUUGGGCACUGACAUCAGUAAUUCACAGCUGCAGGUUGCACGGGACAAUGUGAAUGCCGCGGGCCUGAUGGAUAAAAUUGAGCUUCUGAAAGUCUCUGUGAUAGAAUUGCCAUUCCCAUCAGGAAGGCUUGAUGUUAUCAUUUCCGAUGUGCCCUUUGGGAAAAAGUUCACGAUAGGAAAAGACAUCGAGAGCAUUCUUCAAGAAAUGAAAAGAGUGCUUCGGGUCGGAGGAACCGUCGUCUUGCUCCUCAGCGAAGAACUCCACAGGCACCUUAAAGGUUGCAAAGAAAGCUCCAGCCCUUCGGAUUCCCAAGGUGAUAGGACCAGUAAUAUUGAAAAUGGGAAAUAUUUGAAUCCCGAAGGAAAAUCUAGAAUCCCGGAGAUCACCUCCUCUUCACCUCAAGACUCGGAACUGAGUGGCCGAGACAUGGCGUCACCAUUGGACAGACUGGUAGUGGAAGAGUGCUAUGGAGUUAGUCUUGGAAAAACAGAGGCCUUCAUCCAUAAAUACAGGAAGAUACAUCUUUCGGACUGAAGUAGGUUGCUUAAAUUGGGCCAAGUUGCUAGGUCGCAACUCAUUAUCCCUGGAGGAACAGUAGUUUAGUCCGGGCAGCGAGAGGCAAUCUUCAUUUCCCACCGAGGGGGGUGGGAUUAUUGGCUUCAUCAGCCAGUUUGCGUUUCCCCUCCUUCUGUCCCUCCCCAUAUACACACCGAUAAAUACGUCACUGACAGCACCACCCUCUUCAAAUCUCCAUAGUUAGUCACGGUGAAGAAAGGCUGUUGGUUCCAGGACUAGAACUUCCAGCUUAGUACCAUCCACUGAAGUUGUUGUGGGUAGCAGGCUGGGAUCCUCACUUCAAGAGUUCCCGCUUUCCUAGAGUUUUGCCUGCCAAUGGAAUUCCAAAUUUUAAACAGAGUGGGAGGAAUGGCUAUAGUGUCUGUAAUAUGAAGAGGAAAAAUGAGAUCCUAUUGAAGGCCUCAGAAUUUAAAUUCGAUCUUCUGCUUGAAGGAAAUUAAUUCGAUAGUAUUUAUUGAGCGCUUACUAUGUGCAGAGCACUGUACUAAGCGCUUGGAAUGUACAAAUCGGUAACAGAUACAGUCCCUGCCCUCUGACGGGCUUACAGUCUAAUCGGGGGAGACGGACAGACAAAAACAAUAGCAAUAAAUAGAAUCAAGGGGAUGAAAUCUCAUUGGCUUUUCAAAAUGUGCUCUCUGAAAACAUGAAGCAGUCGUCGGUUUUACUAGUGGACAGCUUCAUUCAAUUGUAUUUGAGCGCUUACUGGGCGCAGAGCACUGUGCUGUCCCUGCCACUGCUCAGACCUGGAAAAAAAAGUGCAGGAAUCAGGGCACAGGUCACACUGAGUUAUCAGGGGAGAAACGAGGGUGGUGACAGAUGCACAGGAGCUCACAGGAUGGAAUCAAGCAGGGACAGCGGGCCGAGGAGGAUUGUAGGCACCGGCAGAAGGCCAGCAGGACCCUCAGUGGAUUGGCGAGCGGCCUGGGCUGAGGAAGCAAAAGAGUUUUCUCCCUCACAAGGCCAGAGACCGUCUGUUCUCUCUUUCUACCACCUGUUGGUAGCAACCGAUGUUCAACAUAGGCUCCGAGGCCAGAGGAGAGAGAGAGUCACCCGCAGGAGUCCGGAAAGAGGUUUGAAGACAUAAAAACCCCGUGUAUGGGCCCGGAGUUGGCUAGAGAAUCCGCAGGGUGGGAGAGGAGCUUUGUCACGACCAGAGCACUGGGAGUGGAUCCUGGAAAGGGCUCCAGAAAGGAUAUCGGUGACCCCUGGUAACAUCAUAUAUCCCCCGGCUCUCGGGGGUAAAAACAAUUUCCCCAUUUAAAAGCUGCUUAUUUGGUUUUGACCCUGAAUUAGAAGUCUUCCCCCAAUUCAGAAUGAGAUAACAUUAUAUAUACCUGAGUAGUUAGAAGAGCCAUAAAAUAAAAGAAACCAAUCUGUUCCACUGGUUUAUUGUUAUCUUGUAUUCUCCCACGUGCUUAUUACAGUGCUCUUCACUCAGUAAGCGCUCAACGAAUACGACUGACUGACUGAUUUUAUCAGCCGACAGCCGUAUGAUGUCACAAAGUGAAUCCUGAUUCUUGGAGAAAUGUGCUUUUCUAAACGUGAUAGCUCUCACUAGAGCUGCUCUGAUAAGAAUCUAGAUUUCUUUUUAAGUCUUCCAUUUCCUUUGCUGAGCAAGAGAAAUUUUUAUUCUUGCUGCACUGGGUAGCUUCUUUAAGAAAAUCAGUGCACUACAUCUCUAUUCUACUGCACCAUGGAAAAUAAAACCUAUUUUUCUAGGAAGAA